AUUUUAAAGAAAAGACUAGAAAUAAUGGUUCCGUUUAUAAUACCUGAAUAUAUUAUUAAACUUUACAUUAUAAUAAUAUCUGUAAUUAUCAUUGCAUCACUUUUCCCGCCCGAGCAUGGAAGUAUUGAAUAUAUCAUACCUUAUAUUAUAUCACUGGUAGUCACUAUUUUAAGUGUAAUUACUUGGUACUAUCUUAAUCAGUAUCGAAAUAUUAAUGAUCAAGUAGUCAAAAAUGAAGAGUCUAAUGGCCAAGUAGUCCAAAAUGAAGAACCUAAUGGUCAAGUAGUCCAAAAUGAAAUACCUAAUGGUCAUCAAGUAGUUCAAAAUGAAAAACCUAAUG